CUAAAUUCCUCUGGUAAACUAAGACUUAUCUAAAUUUAAUUAGAUGUGGAUAUCUUAUAAUGCUCUGUUUCUUUUGCAGAUUAGCGAUGAUGAGCCAGGUUAUGACCUAGAUUUAUUUUGUAUACCUAAUCAUUAUGCCGAGGAUUUGGAAAAGGUGUUUAUUCCUCAUGGACUGAUUAUGGACAGGACUGAAAGACUUGCUCGAGAUGUCAUGAAGGAGAUGGGAGGCCAUCACAUUGUGGCCCUCUGUGUGCUCAAGGGGGGCUAUAAAUUCUUUGCUGACCUGCUGGAUUACAUUAAAGCACUGAAUAGAAAUAGUGAUAGAUCCAUUCCUAUGACUGUAGAUUUUAUCAGACUGAAGAGCUACUGUAAUGAUCAGUCAACAGGGGACAUAAAAGUUAUUGGUGGAGAUGAUCUCUCAACUUUAACUGGAAAGAAUGUCUUGAUUGUUGAAGAUAUAAUUGACACUGGAAAAACAAUGCAAACUCUGCUUUCCCUGGUUAAGCAGUACAGCCCCAAAAUGGUUAAGGUUGCAAGCUUGCUGGUGAAAAGGACCUCUCGAAGUGUUGGAUACAGGCCAGACUUUGUUGGAUUUGAAAUUCCAGACAAGUUUGUUGUUGGAUAUGCCCUUGACUAUAAUGAGUACUUCAGGGAUUUGAAUCAUGUCUGUGUCAUUAGCGAAACUGGAAAAGCCAAAUACAAAGCCUAAGAUGAGUGCCAGUUGAAUCUGCAAUCACGAGGAGUCCUGUUGGUGUUGCCAGGAAAAUUAGCAGGUCUUCUAGUCCUGUGGCCAUUUGCCUAGUAAAGCUUCUUGCAUGAACCUUCUAUGAAUUUUAUUAUUUUUAUUUUUAGAAAUUUCAGUUGCUACGUCCCCGAACUUUUGGUUUGCACUAUGAGCCUAUAGGCAGCCUAUCAGUUCCGUCUGGUAGAUUGUCGCUUACCUUGUGAGAAAAACAAAUCUCUUACAUUACCGCUGUUAAAUAAUACUGAGAUUGUAUCUGUAAGAAGGAUUUAAAGAGAAGCUAUAUUAGUUUUUUAAUUGGUAUUUUAAUUUUUAUAUAUUCAGGAGAGAAAGAUGUGAUUGAUAUUGUUAAUUUAGAGCAGUGUGAACCACUCAGUGGAAUAAACAUGUUUUAGCAGUGUUGCCUGUAUUUUCCCACUUUCAGUAAAUCAUUGUCAACAGUUCCUUUUAAAUGCAAGGAAAUAAAUUCUAAAAAUUUGCCA